GCAACACAUCCACACUGCGUGGAGCCCUAUGGGCCACAGAGGCGCUAGGAAAAUCACGGAGCUGGGACCUUACCGCCUCUCUCCCUCUCUCUCUGUCUGUGCUUGGCCGUCAGCGGACUCCUUUCUCUGCACACGUCCUGCUCUCAAAUGUGUGUGCGCACGCGGAUGAGAGAGGAGGAAUAAAAAGUGUGCGUGUGUGAGAGAGUGUGUGUGCGAAAGAGAGAGAGAGAGAGCGUGUCCGGAGCAGAGUAAAGGCAAAGGGGAUUAUUCGGCGCUAUCGAAAUAUUUCAACACGUCGCCCUCGCCGCGCAGGACUGGAGCCAAUAAGAAGGAACCCGUUUUAACAGGAAUGCCGAUAUUGUAAACAGCAGCGGAGGAGAAAAGAAUGCACCCGCAGUCGAUUAAAUGACUCAGCCCUGUUGCUUUAAUUCGACUAAUGUCCGAAAAGCGCAGAGAGAAACAGAGAGGUGUCCCGAUGCGCGUCAACCUCGCAGGGAAAUCGGCGUCGCAGCACUCCUGAAGAUUAAUGGGGAUCAGUUUGGCGUUUUCCUCCACAGACUAGUGAUCGGAACUCACCAGAGGGCUGCCGAGAUUUCCCCCCCUCUACAACUUGUGAGAAACUGUGGAUUUUUGUUUGUGUCGAGCUGAAGGAGGAGUCUUAUUUCCUUUUGUUCUUUCUGUUUGCGUUUUUUCCUCUUUUUUAUUAUUACUAAUAUUUUUGGACUGUUGCGCUUCUGCAGAGUCCACAACAGCUCUAAACAUUUUCCUCAAUCCGAUCUGUUGCCUACAUUUGUUGCCUGCACUUGGAUGAACUUCCUGAUGAGAGAUCCAGUCGUUCAGGGAUCAAGUAUGGCAUAUCAUCCGUUUAUACCUCACCGGGGUCCGGAAUUUGCCAUGAGUGCAAUGCUGGGUCACCAGCCCCCUUUCUUCCCGGCCCUGGCGCUGCCUCCCAGCGGCUCCUUGUCUCUGCCGGGCGCCUUGGGGAAACCGAUCAUGGACCAGCUGAUGGGAGCCGCGGACACCGGCCUCCACUUCUCCUCUCUGGGGCACCAAGCUGCGGCCGCCCACUUGAGGCCUCUGAAGAGUCUGGAGCCUGAGGAGGAGGUGGAGGAUGACCCCAAAGUUCACCUGGAAGCCAAGGAACUUUGGGAACUUUUCCACAAGAAAGGCACCGAGAUGGUGAUCACAAAAUCCGGAAGGCGCAUGUUCCCUCCCUUCAAAGUGAGGUGUACCGGUCUGGACAAAAAGGCCAAAUAUAUUCUCCUGAUGGAUAUAGUUGCAGCCGACGACUGCAGGUACAAGUUCCACAACUCCCGCUGGAUGGUGGCAGGAAAGGCCGACCCUGAAAUGCCAAAGAGGAUGUACAUUCACCCGGACAGUCCGGCGACUGGGGAACAGUGGAUGUCAAAGGUCGUCAAUUUCCACAAGCUCAAGCUGACGAACAACAUCUCCGACAAGCACGGAUUUGUAAGUUCUACUAAUACCAUUCUGAACUCCAUGCACAAAUAUCAGCCACGGUUUCACAUCGUGAGGGCCAACGAUAUUCUCAAGCUGCCUUACAGCACCUUCAGGACCUACGUUUUUCCUGAAACCGACUUCAUCGCCGUGACUGCUUAUCAGAACGACAAGAUUACGCAGCUGAAAAUCGAUCAUAAUCCGUUUGCCAAAGGAUUCCGUGACACCGGCAAUGGAAGACGGGAAAAGAGGAAACAGCUGGCUCUGCAGUCCAUGCGCUCCUACGAGGAGCAGCAGAAAAAGGAGAACGGCGCUUCAGACGACUCCUCCGGUGAGCAGGCCUCCUUUAAGUGCUUCGCCCAGGCCUCCUCCCCCGCCGUGUCGACGGUGGGCCCCCCACACCUGAAAGAUUUCUGCGACAGCGACGAUGACAGCGACGAUGAGAGCAAAGACGGACACAACAAAGACGGUCCGGACUCCAGCAAGAUCUCCACAACCACGGGGGACGGGAAGGAUCCCGAGGCCAGCCCCGCUAAGGGCCACGCCUUCAGCGGCAGCGACUCCAACGGCAGGAUCCGCGACAGCGGGCCGAGAACUGAGAAAAGCCAAGCGGACUCGCGGCAGAGUCCCAUCACGGUCAUCUCCAGCACCACGCGCUCUGGAGAAGAGCUGAAGAGCCCGAGCCUGGACCAGCCCAAAACGGACGAAUGUAGGUCAAUAAGCAAGGACAGCUUCAUGCCUUUGACUGUUCAGACCGACAGCGCGCACAUGGGCCACAACCACUUGCAUAACUUCGGAUUCCCACCGGGCCUGACAGGACAGCAGUUUUUUAACCACCUCGGGGGCGCGCAUCCGUUCCUGUUGCAUCCCGGUCAGUUCAACAUGGGCGGUGCGUUCUCGAACAUGGCCGCAGGCAUGGGACCCCUGCUGGCAGCGGUGUCCUCUGGAGGGGUGAGCACCAUGGACACUAGCAGCAUGGCAUCGCCGCCGCAGAGCCUGGCGGGGGCGCAAGGCCUGCCCUUUCAUCUGCAGCAGCAUGUCUUGGCAUCACAGGGCAUCGCAAUGUCUCCAUUUGGUAGUCUGUUCCCAUAUCCCUACACUUACAUGGCUGCAGCCGCGGCUGCCUCAUCCGCCGCCUCUUCGGUGCACCGACACCCGUUCCUGAACGCAGUGCGUCCCCGACUCAGGUACAGCCCGUACUCCCUCCCCAUGACGGUACCGGACAGCACUCUUCUCACCACAGCCAUGCCUUCCUUGGUGGCCGGAGGCGAUCUGAAAUCGGACGGCCUGGUUCCUGCCAGCCCCGUGUCUGCUGUCACUCUGGAUUCCACAUCGGAGGUGACCAGCCACUCGUUGUCCUCCGGCUCCGUGUCCACGUCCCCCAAAACGUGCACUGAGAAGGACUCCGCCAACGAGCUGCAGAGCAUCCAGCGCUUGGUUAGUGGACUGGACUCGAACCAGGACAGGCCCAGGAGCGGUUCUCCGUGAGAAGGUCUGAAGUUCUGCCUCUUUGAAUGACGAUGGGAGACAAAAACAGGAGGAUGCGGACGGAAUCCUGCAGGUUUUUAAAAGAAAAAAACAAAAAAGCUAAAAACGUGAACAAUUUUAGUUUCUGAUAUGCACUUUGUUUAACACACAUUAAAUAUUGUUUCUUUUUCUUUCUUUUCUCUCGUUUUUCCCUUGUUUUUGUUAAAUUAAACAACAUUUGUUAGAUAUCAUUUGAAUACCGUACAAGUAUUGAAACUGAGACGUUGGCGUGGCGUGACGCACAGAUCAGGAGACGCUGCUUGUCCUGUCAGGAGAAACGAGCCUCCGUGGUUGAAAAUAUGCACUCUGAAUAAAAUUUGAAAUCACUCGUUCAACAUACCUUUCAAAGACUGCUGUAUUAUCUCGUUGAGUUAAUUGGAUAUCGAUAAUUGCAUGCCCUCUUGGAAAAAUAAACUUAUUUUACCACUAAAAUGUAAAAAAGGGGAGGAAAUAUUUGCAUACAUUUCGUUUUUAUUUAUUUUAAAACUUUUUUUUCUUUGUUUAUUUGGAAACAUAAAAAAGUUCCUGGACGAAACUAUAAGCAUGCGUAAUUUCACCCAAACAGGCAAAGGGAAGCAGAAAGUUAAACGUUGAGAGAAAACAUGGAAAGAAAACGAGAGGUAGCAUUGAUCAUCGUGUAAAUAUGAAUAUAUAAAAGUAUUUAUGUAAUUAUUUCAUAUUGUUAUUGCGUGUAAAUACGACGGAGUAGUUUGUUUUUAGGGAUUUGUUCUUAAUUUAUUCUCGAUAUACUUGUGUAAAGAUCUGUGGACUAUUACCCUCUUUUUUUUGUUUGUUUGUUUGUUUAUAUUCUCAUCAAAUUACGGAUAAAUUCUCCUCAGAUUUCCGCAGAUAUUCACCCUCAUGUGCCAUUGUAUUUUCACUCGUUCCUGUGUGAGAAGUGCUACUGUUUGAAAUGGAAAAGAGACAAACGCACUGCUGCACCCAUGGCUUGAAAAUAAAAAGAAAACAACUCUUUUCAUUCUGUUUUUAUUUUUAUUUUUUGAGAAGUGUUGAAGUGUGAAAAAAACGUUUUACCUGUUUUAAAAUAUGUUGCGAACUUAAUUGUUAAAGUGCCGCAUAAUCGAAAAUAUGAAGGUUCCUUUAUUUUUCUGCGUGUUUCUUAAGUUGUCUGUGGGUUCUGUUGUAUUGGAGUUCUGUCUAGUUUACAACAUCGGCAUUGUGUUCUUGAAAAAUUUCAAUAAAACAUUGAAAUGCUGCUUCUCA